AUGCCUAUUCAACUCAAAUAUCUUCUUAUUGAAAAAAUUGAAUGGCUUUUUCAUAUUGUUCAAUAUGCAUCGGAUGCUCUAAAAAAAGAUGCAUUGAGUACCGUUCAAUGUGUUGAAGUUGGUAUUCCUAGUUGUAAUUCUGGUUUCAAUAAAUCGAUUCAUAUUGGCAAAAAUCUUGUACCGUUUCUCAGUACUCAUACGCCUUAUUUACAAAUAUUACGUCUUUGGCGACCAGAUGAUUUUCCUUGGACAUCUAUUCGACCAGAUAUAACACGAGGACAUUUGACUUCUAUUCAAGUUUCACGAUGGAUAAAAUCUUUACAAACAUCUCAAUCGAUUGUUGAACAUGUAAAUAUUUUUCAAAAAGAUCUUUGUCAAUUAAUUCAACAAUUAAAACAAUUGGUUUUUCUUGAUAUUCAUGGAAAAAUUCAUCCUAGCAAAGUCAAAUCAUACCGUUGUAUGGCUCAAAAAUGUUUUCCUCAUAGUAAGAUUGACAUUGAAAUAUCUAGAUUUCGUCUUUGGAUAUAA